UGAAUUGGUAACCUUAGGACUGUUACUUAGAGGCUCUUUUGUUAACAUAUUUCGAUACAAUAAUGGGAAAACAGAAGACUGGGUGCAUUUGGGGAUACCCAGUGAUCUUUCCCCUCGAUAGUUUCUUGUUUCAGUUUGCGAGGCUGACACGGGAAGGUAAAUUAUAGUUGCCGAGGUCGAAUAGAUCUGCUGCCAGGGCCUCGCCUCAAUAGUGAAACCUGAUGCGAGGUUUCUCCAAGGUGACGAUACGAGUUCCAAGUCCACAGGUAAGCAUGAGUAGAACAAACUUCUUGAUGUUUUAAGCAGCAAUAUGUACACAUUACAGACAUCGAGUCUGAUCUACACCUCUCUGUGAUCCUUGAUCCAAUUCGGUCGUGAACGGGGCGAAAAUAGACCAAGUAGGAAAAGCUGAUAGAGUCGGACACGGCGGUAUUGUCUUUGAGUAGAAUGGGACUAUGUAUUCCUGGUAUACUUGUUGUACUCAGCAUCAUUCUGGAACCCCUGUUAGCCUAUGGAAAUGGUCAGGUGACUGUUGCUUGUGAUACCAUGACUCCACAACAUGGAAGCCUUCCUCAGAAAUCAGCAAGUCCUGCUGUUAUUACAGUGGACAAAGAUGUGUUCAGCUCAAAGGAUCAAAUAAAAGUUGCACUCACUGUGAGACAGUCUGGAACUUCAUUCCAAGGAUUUUUCUUACAAGCAAGAGAUGCUGCUGACUUGAAUGGGGGACCUGUUGGAACCUUUACACUUAUUGACAAGAACUCGCAGCUCCUGACAUGUGGGGAUGUAAAAGACUCUGCAGUCAGCCAUACUAGCUCAUCAGGAAAGCAUACAAUUGUGGUGCUGUGGAACCCACCUGGAACAAAGCCAGACCACAUCCAGUUCCUGGUGACAGUGGUUCAGAAAUUCAACAUUUACUGGGUGAAAUUACAUGGUCCAGUGAUUUCUCAACUAAAUGCCCCUCCUUUCUCAGUACAGACCACAACAGAGGCUCAUCCAGCUGUACCAGUUACUUUCAAGUUGACUAAAUCAUUCAAUGUGACAGAAUGUGGCAGUAAAAAAUUCUGCCUGAGGAAUCCUCCUGGAUGUGACCCUGAACUGGAUCGAUUGUGCUUUUUCCUCUCAUUUGCUGUGCAAAACACUUCAGUGCUGUUUGAAUUGAGUGGACCUUCAAAUGGAUACAUUUCUUUUGCUCUGUCAGAUGACAAAUGGAUGGGUAAUGAUGACAUGUAUUUGUGUGUUGUAAAUGAUCAAAGCAUACAGAUAAAUCCAGCUCAUUCCACUGGCCGUUCACAUCCAAUAUUGAACACACAGGUUCCUAUUCAUGAUAUGUCCUGGAGUUUAGAAGAUGGAGUGACACAGUGUUCAUUCAGAAGAAACAUUUGGCUCCCUGAAUACAGUGAACGCUUUGAUCUAGACAGACAAUAUUAUGUUUUCCUAGCAGGAGGGAGAGCUGAGAAUGGAAGAAUUCAUAAACAUCACCAGCAACCACUGAUCACACAUAGCAAGGUUGACUUUGAUGGAUCACCUCAUGAACUUACAGGCUCUAGAUCUCCCUUAUAUAUUAAAGCUCAUGGAGCAUUAAUGUUUAUUGCUUGGGUGAGUGCAGCCAAUAUUGGUGUCAUUGUAGCUCGAUUCUUUAAACCUGUCUGGCCAUCCAGCACAUUGCUUGGCAAAAAGAUUUGGUUUCAGGUGCAUUGGGUGCUUAUGGCAACCACAGUGUUGCUAACAUGUCUUGCCUUUAUUCUUCCUUUUCUGUACAGGGGAGCCUGGAGCUAUUGUGCAGGUGUCCAUCCAUACUUUGGCUGUAUGAUUCUUAUACUGGUAAUUCUUCAGCCAAUUAUGGCUUUCUUCAGACCCAAUCCACAAGCACCCAGACGGUAUAUUUUUAAUUGGUUACAUUGGGCAACAGGCACCUUUGCUAGAACAAUAGCAGUUGCAUCAAUCUUUCUUGGAAUGGAUUUGCCAGCCUUGGACCUCUAUAACCCCUGGGAUACAUUAGUCAUGGUUGGAUUCAUAGUUUGGCAUGUUGCAACUGAACUGAUUCUGGAGGUACAUAAUUACAUAAUCGCUUGUAAAGCUCAGAAAAGAAAAGAGGAUAAAAUGCAAAUAAUGGAUUCAAGUGAAUUGAUUGAUCCACAGGGUCACAGAUUUAAAAUUAUGGUACUAACACUCUACGUCUGUGGAAACCUGACCUUUUUGGUAGUAUUACUGGUUGCAAUUAGUCUUGUUUGAUAGUGACGUUGAUGCUGCCUCUAUCAAUCAUGAUUUUGAAGCUGUUUAUAUCUACCCUUGUCUGACGAACAUCCUGUUGUGCAUUGAAUUAAAGAUUCCUCAGAGAAUUCAAAUACCUCAUAAUCAGCAACAGAAUGCAAGAUCCUUAUUAUUCUCAUUUUACCGUCAAUUCCAGAAGUAGUACAAAAGUAAACUACACAGAGACUAACAGUGCAACAAGUUAAUGGAUUAGAACGGCAGUAAUCUCGUGGAAAUAGCAGGCAGCACUCAUCAACUGUAUAUAGCGGUUUUAGUGUUUUAAAAGGUGGAUUACUUUUGUGGUUUUAGAUUAUUUUAUCUACUUUUAAUAAAAAGCAUUUUGUUAUAAUGUAGUCUAUAAACAUAUUUUUGAGUGAAUGUAUGAAUGAAAAGAGGUGUUAAUAAAAUGAAAACUAUUAAAUUACUUCAAUAAACUAUGUUCUUAAAUUA